AUGAGGAGUUUCUUUGAUGUUCUCACUGUGGUGUGCACAUUCAAUUUAAUUCGAAAUGUUCUAGGCCAUUCGGUUCGAAACCCAGCCACAGAAUAUGCAGCCCGACUCGAGCAGGUCGUAAUUCACCCCCAGUCACGGACUACUUCGGUCAAGAGCCAACUGGACAUUACUAUAGGGAUUCCUGGACAUGGUGGCCCGGUGCGGUUGCAAUUGGAACCGAACCGGGACAUUCUUGCCCAGGAUACUUAUAUCGAGUAUCUGGACGGCACAGAACCCCAAUCACUCAAUGGAGAAAGGGAAAAAGUGUUUCGGGGUGACGUCCUGGUGAAUUCGUCCAGCAAUGCGUGGCAUCUGGCAGGACGAGCACGCAUAUAUCUCAUCCAGGAUGGGACAAGCCCGCUGUUCGAGGGAGCCUUCACACUGUUCGAUCAACAAUAUCACAUCAACCUAGUCACGCAGACCAAUCCCUCCUAUCCGCACAUGGAAAUCAGCACAUCCGGAGAUGCUAUAAGCACACUGUCUCAGAACACAAUCUUCCCCCGGCAAUCCACCCAAGACAACACAUGCUCCCGACCCCGGCGAGUCGCUCUGAUAGGUCUCGCCACAGAUUGUUCCUACCGCGCCGCAUUCUCAUCCACAGAUGAGCUCCGCCGAGGACUAAUCAGCAUGGUGAACACCGCAUCAGAGGUCUACGAGAGGACAUGGAACAUCUCACUCGCCAUCCGCAACAUCACCAUCAGCGACGAGUCAUGUCCUGACACACCCCAGCGAGACACCCCAUGGAAUGUCGCCUGCUCCAGUGGGAAUCUGGACUGGCGACUCCAGCAAUUUGCCUCAUGGCGACGCUGGCAUUACGACCCCAAUGCCUACUGGACUCUGAUGACGAAUUGUCCCACUGGGAAUGUGGUGGGUGUGUCCAUCGUGGGAGGGCUCUGUACGACUUACUCCGGGGCAAAUGUAGUGGCGCGGACUUCCAAUCAGUGGCAGGUUUUUGCCCACGAAUCUGGCCACAUGUUCGGCGCGACCCAUGACUGCGAGUCUGAAACCUGCUCCACUUCGAAUGGGGAUUGUUGCCCCUUGUCUUCGAGCUCUUGCGACGCCGGCGGACAGUAUAUCAUGAACCCAUCUUCCACGUCCUACCAGACGUCCUUUUCGCCCUGCACUGUUGGACAAGUGUGCUCCUUGCUUCGCUCUGGCAGAGUAGAGGAUGACUGCCUUGUACAUAGUAAUGAUACAGGACCUACGAUCAGUGGUCCAAGUACCCCUGCUGGUGAGUGCGGUAAUGGCAUUGUCGAGGACGGCGAGGAGUGCGAUUGCGGUGAGAACUGCGCGGACAAUUCCAAUCCCUGCUGCGUUAACUGCCGGUUGGUAAAUGGUUCGCAAUGCGAUAGUGGCAGUGGGCGUUGCCCAUCUGGACGCUGCGAAGGUAGUGAGGAUCGCCGUCCGUUAGGGGGAUAUAAACCGCUGGUUAUUGGACUGGCUGCUGGUAUAGGAGGGGGGUUGCUUCUUGGGAUAGUCAUUGCUAUUGUGUGGCGCUGUUGUGGGAGGAGAAGAGUGGAUAAACAGGACGAACCUCCUCUCGCUAGAGAAGUAAAUAAUCAUAUAUACCGAUAG